AUGACGUUCCGCGACGUGGCUGUGGAGUUCACCCAGGAGGAGUGGCAGCUCCUGGCCCCUGCUCAGAAGGCCCUGUACCGGGACGUGAUGCUGGAGAACUACAGCCACCUGGUGUCCCUGGGUUGGAAGGAGGUGAACAACCAUGGACCGUAUCCCACAAAAGCCCUAUUGGAAUCUUCUCAGACCUUCCCUGAGAGUCAGAAAUCCAACAGUACUAAGUCCCAACUCAUUAAGCAUCAGAAACCUCACAAAAUAGAGAAACGGCAUAUGUGCAAUGAAUGUGGAAAAGCCUUCAUCAAGAAAUCUUCCCUCACUAAUCACCAAAUCAUCCAUUCUGCAGAGAAACCCUAUAGAUGCAGUUUAUGUAGUGAAACUAAGUGCGGAAAAGACUUCAUCACAAAGCACCGUCUCACUGUUCAUGAACAAACACAUACUGGAGAGAAACCCCAUGUAUGUGAUGAAUGUGGAAAAUGCUUCAGACAUAAGAAAAAUCUCAUUAUUCACCAUCGAACUCAUACGGGAGAGAGACCGUACCUAUGCAGUGAAUGUGGGAAAGCCUUUAACCAGAAGGGAAAUCUCAUCAUUCACAUGCGAACUCAUACUGGAGAGAAACCCUAUGUGUGCGGGGAAUGUGGAAAGGGCUUUGGCCAGAAAUCAUGCCUGACGGCACAUCAGAGAUUUCACACAGGGAAAUCUCCCUUUUCAUGCAGUGAAUGUGGAAAAGCUUUUUCUCAGAAGUCAAGCCUCAAUAAACACCGAAAAAUUCACACAGGCAAGAAACGUUUUAAAUGCUACGAAUGCGAGAAACUCUUUGAAACAAAGCAAGAGCUCAUUGGGCAUCGGAGAGCCCAGCUGGGAGAGCCCCCAUAUGGCUGUAUUGAGUGUGGGAAAACUUUCGACUCGGCUUCUGACUUUUAUUCACAUAAAAGAAGACACAGAAGAAAGAAACACGUCAAUUCAGUCAGGGUGGAAGACUUCCACAACAAGCCACAUGUAAGCAUUCUCAUACAGGAGAAAAGCCCUGUGAAUACCAUGACCAUGCAGAUGCCUUCUGUGUUAGAUCAGCCGUCUAUAAACAUCAUAUUGGUGGGCUCCUAA